ACCUAUUCGUUCGGAAUCAAUUCCGAUUCUUAACGUCUCGCAGCCGCAACAGCUACGGUUAACCGUUAGCUUAACUCUUGAAACAAGUUCUUUUAUCAACGACAAUUAACCAAACUCCCAUCGAUGCCUCGCAAGUUGAGUUUCUUUAAAACCAGACGGUACAGCGGAUCUAGUACCCUUGCAUCCAGUGAUGUAUCACUGGAUAUAUCUAAUGAUGCUUUCGAAAACCAGGAUUGUUUGUCGCUUAAUUUGGAAGAUGGUCUGUCAACCGAAAUGUGUAGCAGUAAUAAUCACGGCUCUACGGAGAAAUCUGCCAUCACAAAGGAUCAUCACAAUGACAAAGAAGCGUCUGGUCCUGAUGGCGCAAUCCUCGAGCUCCAAGAGUUUAGAGAAACCCAAAUCCAACAAGAGAUGUGCCUGCAAACCCUCCGAGCCAAGUACCACAGAGAUUUCGCUAUGAUAAAACAGGCACUUGAAGAAGAAAAAUCAAGCAAAGAUGUUUUAACAAAGGAACUUGCUGACAUCACUGAACUUUAUAAGAAUGAAACGCAGAACUUGAAAGAGGAGCUGACCAGUACACAGGAGAUGAUCAAGCAUCUGGUUUUAAAAGCUACGACAGAUAUUCAUGAGGUGCUGGGGGCUCUUCAGUACCGUUUGGAGCAGCUUGAAGAGCAGCAACGGCAACAACAGAAGCCUAUAAUCUUUGAAAAAAUUCUAAAUAGCCCACUUGUCAUUUGGUCGGUCCUUCUAGUACUUCUGUCCGUACUGGGCUACUUAGUCGUGACCCUUAGAGCAUAAGGCUCCUCUGUUUUGACAGAGGAUUUUUUCUUGAAUAUUCUGACUUUGUAGCUUGAGUUCUGAGAUACCAGUAAUAAAAGUUUCAAGCCAUGUGAUUAA